UUCCUCGCCCGGACGGACGCACUUCCGGCGGAUGUGGGGGGGCAGCCCUCGGAAACGGAAGUGAGCGGCGGGGUCGACUGACGGUAACGGGGCAGAGAGGCUGUUCGCAGAGCUGCGGAAGAUGAAUGCCAGAGGACUUGGAUCUGAGCUAAAGGACAGUAUUCCAGUUACUGAACUUUCAGCAAGUGGACCUUUUGAAAGUCAUGAUCUUCUUCGGAAAGGUUUUUCUUGUGUGAAAAAUGAACUUUUGCCUAGUCAUCCUCUUGAAUUAUCAGAAAAAAAUUUCCAGCUCAACCAAGAUAAAAUGAAUUUUUCCACACUGAGAAAUAUUCAGGGUCUAUUUGCUCCACUAAAAUUACAGAUGGAAUUCAAGGCAGUGCAGCAGGUUCAGCGUCUUCCAUUUCUUUCAAGCUCAAAUCUUUCACUGGAUGUUUUGAGGGGUAAUGAUGAGACUAUUGGAUUUGAGGAUAUUCUUAAUGAUCCAUCACAAAGCGAAGUCAUGGGAGAGCCACACUUGAUGGUGGAAUAUAAACUCGGUUUACUGUAAUAGUGUGCUGUUCAUGGAAACCGAGGGCUGCAUCUUGUUUAUAGUCAUCUUUGUACUGUAAUUUGAUGUACACAACAUUAAAAGUACUGACACCUGAGAA